CAUUAUUCUUCGAAGGGAGAGAACCCAGCCCAAUUCAUCGAGACAGAAAACUCUGACCACGACUAAAGCCCAUUUCGUUGAAAACCGUAAUGUGCGACGCUUCGCCCUCCAUGGGUAGUCACGUGCAGAGACACCGGCGGCAACGUCGAGCACGCGGGAGCCUUACGGAAGCCCUGGCAGAGUAGGUCCCUCAGUCUUCUUCGUCUUCGUUAACGGUGACAAAAAACUUCGUCCCUGAAAAUAUUUUCAUCUUCUCUCUAACUUCCACAUUCAAGAUAUAUAUAAACCCUCUCCUGUAAUGUAAUCAACGUCGACAUCGAUAGUGAAGAUUGAAGCCGUUGUUUGAGAGAUUACAACGAUGGCAGAGAAAGCAGAAAAUGAAAAUUUUGAGCUUCGAAAUUUCGAAUUCAAACUAUUCGUUUGAUCUACAUAUCUGUUGUUGUGGAAUCAGGCAUUGUGAGACAGCCUUCUAAAUAGGAGCGCAAAACUUUUAAUGGGAAGUCAUUCGGAUGGAUACAAAGAGGUUGUGUGCACUGGCAUCUGCUGCCGACAGCCUCAAGUUGAGGCCUCUAGUUAAUCUCACCAGUCGUGCACUUGCUCAUGUGACAGAAGGGAAAACUCCUGAGAUACACGAAACAUUUCAUUUACCUGGUGACCUCACUGAGGAGGAGAAGUUGGAACCUCUAAAAACUAUGAACGAUGAUCCGCGUAUUUGACGUCUGAAUAUAUUAUAUGCAAGAAAAAGGAAAGAAUUAAAAGAGAGAGAAAGUGAAGGUGGUUACUGUUGCUUAUUGUUUGAAAUCCUUACUAAAUGAUAUUGUUUGGUGCUGUCCUGUUUUAAGGGAGCAUGAGUCAGUGCUAUUUUCGUAGCUCUUUCAGAAAAAAAAAGGAUUAUAACAAAUCCAUUUUCCAGAGGUUUCAAAAGGCAACUUGCAUCUCUCUAUUAAUAAUGGAUUUUUUUUUAAAAAAAUGCCAUUUUCCUUGCUUACAUUGAUGUUAACAAUCAAAUUUGUGUGGAUGUGUUUUUGUCGUGUGCACGCUGUUGUUUUAAGCAUACUCAUUUCGCUAAUUCUGUUUUCUCCUGUAGCAAUAUCCUGUCACUUGUUGUUCCCUUUUAACUUGCUGAAUGUACCUUGCUCUGCUCUGCUUAUUCAAAAGGAGUUAGAAAUAAACAUAAAAAGAAAAACGGCGGAGAACAGAUCAACUGAAGCACUCUUUUUGAAGCAAUUCAAAACUAUAUGAAGGAGUUGGAUGCCUGCUCUUCCCCUGGCCAUAAUGAUGAGGUUUCUCAUAUGAUUCUGAAGUCACAAGAUUCAUCGGCCCUGCCCUCCUCGCCUCAGCUUGAGCUUGAUAAUGGUGACGACGAUGAUUUAGAUCCUGCAAUGAAGGAGGAGCUUGAUAGGGAGGUGGAGGAUUUUGCUCAGAGACUGAAUUCACACUGGCCUGAGAGGAUGCAGGAAUUACUUUUGGGUCAGGAAAGGAGGCUUGGACCAUAUCGAGGAAUGUCAGUGGUUCUGUGUAUACAUAUACACGUAUGCUCUUCCUAUACUUUUUUCUUUUUGUUUUUGUAUACCUUUCAUUUAUCCAUGUGGUCUUCCAGUUCCCACGAUUGGAUUUCCCAGGCUAAUACUUGCGCACACAUUUUUCCUGUUUUAUCAUGAAAUGUCAGGCCUUUGCAUAUUUUCUUAAGUCAUUUUCUGGACACUGAGUCGGGAGUGUGGGUGUCCAGUAGACUAAAACCAUUGUAGUGAAAUGACUAUUCUGGAAGCUGUUAGCAAAGCC